AUGAAGCCAUUACUUAUGAUACAUAAUAUCUGCGAUUGGUGUUGCAUAACAAAAUCAUCAAUUAUUGAAUGCAAAUUAUGUCCAAAAUGUGCCAUGCAAAUUACUCCUAAUAAUUCACAAAUUAUUUUACUACCAAAUCCAUUUUGUUCUAAAACUACUGGACAUUGCUGUAUUUUAUUAAAGCCAUCUGUAAAUUCAUUCAACAAAUAUAAACUGGGCGAUGAUCUUCAUAUUGGUUUAUCGAAUUCAAAAGGUUUCGUGUUCUCUUAUACCACUAAUGGCAUAAUAAUUGAAUCAUUAUGGAAUGAUUCUCUAUGUAUUUAUCAAUUCGCUGAUAACGAAAUGUAUGAUAAAAGGAUGAAAACAUUUGUUAAGAAGUACCACAGCCAAUUUAGCCGUCAAUAUUAUGACAAAAGGAAUUGGAACUGUUAUGAUUUUGUUGUGGAAUUUUUGCUUGAUAUUGGCGUGUUGAAACGUACGACGCACGUGAAAGAACAAUUCGUUACAGAAUACGUUUGCAAAGCGUUACAGAGAGUACUUCGUUAUUAUAAUCUUUUGAAUAGAUUAUCACAAUCCAAAGUUAAUUAUCUUAAAUUAUCGUAA